CUAGCAUGCAAAGGGGAAAAGAAGGCCGACUUCCGGUACCGAAAAAUUUGGAAAACAAGGACUUUUAAACACUUAAAUCCACUUAUUUUAAGUAAAUGUGGUUUACAUUGUGACUUGAUGUUUAUGUUGGGUCAUUGACUGUCAGCAAUUUAAUGAACAAUUAUCAUGACAGCAGCUACAGUUAGUGGUGAUGCAUGGAGGAUCAGUGGUGAGGAUAGAGUUAAACAUGAUUCCCAAUUCUUCACUCUUAAACCAGUCAAUGGCUUUGUCACAGGAGAGCAAGCUAGAGGCUUCUUUAUGCAGUCUGGUCUACCUACACAAAUACUUGGACAGAUAUGGAGCCUGGCUGACAUGAACAAUGAUGGUAAAAUGGACAAGAAAGAGUUCUCCAUUGCCAUGCAUUUGAUCAAGAAAAAGUUACAAGGCUACGAGCUUCCUAAGUCCUUACCACAGUCUCUGAAGGCAGAUCCUUCCCCAAUGAUGGGCUCAUUUGGCACGAUGCCAGCACAGCCUGCGGGCAUGAUGGGAAUGGCUCCAGGAAUGGGCAUCCCUCCUAUGGGAAUGGCACCUCCUGUUGCUAUGUCAAUGGGCCAGAGAAUGCCAAUGAUGGUCAAUGGCAUGCAACAAAUGGGUCAGCCCACUGGAUUUAUGGGUGCUCCUGGAGUGCCGGUGUCAACAGGAUUCAGUGGAGCAAUGCCAGUCCGGCAUGCAGGGGUCCCUGGCUCGGCACCUGCAGGGGCUGGAAAUUUGGCAAUGCCACAUAAUAGUAAGCUGAAAUAUACUCAACUAUUUAACACUCAUGAUAGGAAUAAAAGAGGAUCUCUUACCGGUGUGGAGGCAAGAUCUAUUUUAGUGAACACAGGAGUCCCUCAACAGAUGUUAGCUCAGAUAUGGAACCUUUCUGAUGUGGAUAAAGAUGGCAAGUUGAACUGUGAUGAAUUUUGUAUAGCUAUGCACCUUAUAGAUGUUGUAAAGAUUGGUCAACCACUUCCUGUGAAGCUACCAGCUGAGUUACUACCUGGCAAAGCGAGGACGGGAAGCUUUGGGACCCCACCCCCAGUUGCUCAGCCUCCCAUUGCCGGCCAGAAGGACAGUUUUGGUGAUCUGGUAGGAACUAUGGGAAUGCCUGCGCCAGUACAACCAACACCUGUAGCUAAUGGUGAAACUAAACAAGAAGAAAUUGAUAUCUCACCAGUAACAUUUGAAGAUCGUCGUAAGGAGAAUUUUGACAAGGGUCAAGCUGAGUUAGAAAGGCGGCGACAAAUGUUACAAGAUCAGUUACGGAAAGAAGAAGAGGCUAGGAUGGAGAAAGAAAGGAAAGAACAGGAGAAAAGAGAAAAACAAAGACAAGAACAAGAAAGAAAGAAGCAGCAAGAGUUAGAAAGACAGUUGGAGAAACAACGUGAAAUAGAGAGACAGAGAGAAGAACAAAGACAGAAAAUGAUGGAGCAGAGAGAGACUGCUAGGAGAGAACUUGAGAGGCAGAGACAGAUGGAAUGGGAAAGACAGAGAAAAGAACAAUUGAUGGCAGAGAAAGGAAGAGAAUAUGAGCAAUUGAUGGCCCUUAAAUCAAGAUCUAGUAAUCUCAAUUGUGAGCUGGAGUCACUACAAGGUAAAAAGACAGAAAUCAGCACAAAGAUAUCACAGGUAAAGAAUGGGGUAACUGAUUUUACUGCCCAUAUUGAAGCCAUGAGAAGUACGAGAGACCUGAAAAAUAAUGAUAUAGAUAGACUACAGGGUGAGAUACAAGAGGUAAACCAGAGACUGGCACAAUUACAGUCAGAGAGACAAACACUUGAUUUGAGAGUACAGACUACAGUACAGGCUAACCCUAUGUCUGAAACACACAGGACCAUGAUGCACAGUGUAGAAUUAAAGAAAAUGUCAGUACAAAAGUUGAAAAAAGAUAUUGAACAAGUAGAGAAAGACACAGGAAUAAGAUUAGCUGAAAUAGAUGCUCAAAAUACACAGUUAUCUGAAUUAAAUAAGACUCUAAGCCAGUUACAAAAUGAUAUUAGUAAAGCAGAGAAGAGUCAUAAAGAGAGUGAAAGAGUCAAACAAGAAGAAGAUAGACAGAAGAAAGAGAAGGAUAAACAUGAUGCAGUGAGAAAAGAAUUAGAGGCACAAAGACUAAGAGAAGAAUCAGAAAAGAAGACUGCAGUUCCUGACAUGACAAAACCAUUGAACUCGGGUGGUGAUAAUUGGUUCAAUUUUGGUGGCGAUACAAAGACGACAGCUAGCAGUAAUGAUAACUGGGCAUCUGUAUUUGAUAAUAAGUCAUCAGAUGAUGGGAUAUCUGCUGGUUGGAGUGCAGAAUUUUCUAGUCAAACUUCUAAUUCUACAACAAAUAAUGAUCAACAGAAUUUCAAGUUAUCUGGAUCAAAACAGAUAUUUAAAGCAGUUUAUCAGUUUGAUGCCAGAAAUCCAGAUGAAUUAUCUCUUACUCCCGGAGAUACCGUUAUGGUCUUUGACGACCAGACUGGGGCGGAGCCUGGAUGGAGAGGCGGAGAGAUGAAUGGCAAAUGUGGCUGGUUCCCAGAAGCGUAUGUAGAAAAAGUAGAAGAAUCUAGUCAAUCUGUGUUCCAGUCUAGUGAUGCUACAUCGGGUAUCAGUACAUCAGAAGACUCCUCAUUUAUUUCUGUUCCUGGCAAAAUGCCAGCUGUUUCACCAACACCUGGUCAAGGUCAAACAGCACCAGAAGGUCUGCAGGCUCAAGCCUUGUAUCCAUGGAAAGCAAAGAAAGAAAAUCACCUAACAUUUAAUAAAGGAGAUAUAAUACUAGUAAAGGAACAGCAGGAUAUGUGGUGGUCAGGAGAAGUUGGCGGCAAGACCGGCUGGUUCCCAAAGUCCUAUGUUAGAUUGAUGAGUGGACCUACACCAACAAACAUUUUGACCGGGAUCAAGUCAGAUUCUCCUGUUUCGACGUUAGUGACUUCUGGAACACCUUCCAGCUCGCUGUCUGGUAGUGCUCGAGCUUCACCAGCCAUGGAGAAACCUGCUGGAGAUACAUGUAUAGGUGUGUACUCAUACCAGUCAUCUGAGCCUGGAGAUUUAACAUUCAAUGUAGGGGAGAUAAUUCUAGUAACAAAGAAAGAUGGCGAUUGGUGGACAGGAAGUAUAGGGGACAGGACCGGAAUUUUCCCCGCUAACUAUGUCAAACCUCAUGAAGUACAGCCAUUUGGACUAACAUCUAACAAGUCCCAGCCCCUGUCAAGUCAAAGUAAUGUGGAAGCACAAAAUGACCCAUUUUCUAGUGAUCAUGUUAAUACAUCACCUAGUUUAGGAAAUGAUGUGAAAUUUGGUCUUGGCAAUGAUUUUUCCGAGGAUCCAUUUCAAAAUUUAGGGAGUUCAGAUGGAGCAGUAGCUUUUACCGAGGACCCAUUUUCUGGUUUAGGUCAAGAUGACAUGGGUUUCACAGAUAAAGUGUUAAAUAAAGACCCAUUUGUCUCUGUUAGUGAUUUAUCAACACUGACAUUAAGUGAUCAAUCAGGUCAGAAUAAUGCAUUAGGUCAGAAUUUGACCUCCACUUCUAGUGAUCCAUAUGCUGCGUUUUUAGAUGCUGAUCCCACAAAUGAAUCUUCAUCAUUACCCGCCCCUUCUAAUGAUUGGUUAGAGUCCAUGGAAAGAGAUGCUGAUACUUCACUGACUCAAACUGACCUUGGAUCACUGAUUAGUGCCCAGGUCACUACAAGUUCUGUGGGUAUAUCGAGCCAAACUUCAGAGUCCUUGUUCAAUUUACAGGCUUUUGGAGAAAUUGGUUCUGAUGUCACUAAUUUUCAAAAUGUCACCUCACCAACAACAGAAUCUUUAACCUUGUCAUUUGGAGUUAAAGACUCCCUUGCCAGUCCCAGUCCUCAAGGUAAAGAGUUAUCUAACCUUGGAUUGUUUCCAAUCUCUGAGAAACAAUCAGAGGCUGAAAAUGAUAGUGAAAAUAAACUAAAUCUUGACGACAAAUCUUGUGAGAGCUUUGGGAAUAACAAUGAUACAACUAACAAAAUUGAUAUAAAAUCACCUCCAAGUAGUACCACACCAACUAUAACAACACCAGCAGCAGCAAGUGGCUCUCUAACAGGCACUUUAAAAAAGCCAGAAAUAGCAACAGUUAUUGCGGCCUACACUGCCACUGGAGAGGAACAGUUGUCGUUACAUCCUGGUCAACUGAUACAAGUACGAAAGAAAAGUCCUAGUGGUUGGUGGGAAGGAGAAUUACAAGCCCGAGGCCAAAAGAGAAAGAUUGGCUGGUUUCCAGCUAAUUAUGUGAAGUUACUAGGUGGCAGUGCUAGAUCCACUCCAGAUAACACUCUGGCUGGUGGUGGGAAAUCUUCUCCAAUUACAACAUCAGUGAGCCCUGCUCCACAAAUAAGCACUACAGCGCAGCCAACCUCUCAAACCUAUGUUGAUCAUGUUAUAGCCAUAUACCCGUACCAAUCCCAACAUGCAGAUGAACUGACAUUCCAGAAGGACGCUGUGAUAAAUGUAAUAAAAAAAGACGACCCAGAUUGGUGGCAAGGCGAAUAUAACGGACAAACUGGCAUGUUUCCAUCAAAUUAUGUACAAAGUACAACUCCGGAAUCUUUGUCAUGGUCGUCAGAUCCUCAAGUUUUGGCAGUGACCUCAGCUGAGGAAAGUAAAAGACAGAGCUACAUCCAUGAACUUAUUAAUACUGAAGAAACGUACAUGCAGGACAUGUCUAUUGUUUUAGAGGUAUUUUACAAACCAUUAGCAGAGGGUGGAGCUCUAUCUGUUGAAGAAUUACAAGCAAUAUUUGUCAACUGGAAGGACCUAAUUGUGUGCAAUACAAAAUUACAAAAAGCAUUACGGGUUCGAAAGAAAAUGUGUGGUGUUGACCAGGUUAUUAACAGUAUUGGAGAUAUCUUAUGUGAAAAUAUUCCUCAUCUAACAGCUUAUAUCAGAUUUUGUAGUUGUCAGUUAAAUGCAGCUGCAUUAUUACAAAAAAUAUCAGAAACUAACCAGAAAUUCAAUGAAAUCCAUAAGAAAUGUGUUCAGAAUUCAAAAACAAAGGGAAUGCCAUUGAGCAGUUUUCUGUUGAAACCAAUGCAGAGAAUCACUAAAUAUCCUCUCUUAGUGGAAAAGAUAUUAAAGUACACCCCUGUGGGUCAUCCAGACCACACCCACUUGAUGGAAGCUCUAGAAACAUGUCAGGAGUUGUGUAGUCAGGUAAAUGAAGGUGUGAGAGAGAAGGAAAACUCGGACAGAUUAGAAUGGAUACAGCAGCGGGUCCAUUGCGAUGGCCUACCAGAGAAAAUCACAUUUAAUUCCGUCACAAACUGUUUGGGUCCAAGGAAACUUUUACACACUGGUGUUGUGUACAAGAGUAAAAGUAAUAAAGAGUUGGCAGCAUUCCUGUUUAAUGAUUUCCUGUUACUAACUACAUCCAACAGACCUCUAAAUAAUGCCACACAUAGUGUGUUUGAUCUAACUGGGCAAGUGCAAUAUAAAAUGUAUAAAACUCCAAUAUUCUUGAAUGAAGUAAUGAUCAAGAAACCCAAUACGGAUGAUGUUGAAUCAUUCACGAUAUCACACAUUGACCGUGUUUACAACCUCAAAUCCCAUAACCAGUCAGAACGGGACACGUGGGUUCGUCAUUUAGAAACGGCGUCACGACAUUACCUUGACACAGAGAGGAAAAAGCGGGAAAAGGCAAUAAGCUCCCCUAAACACACCCGUGGUGUUGGACGUCUGUUAGUUAUUAUCAUAGAGGGAUCAAACCUUAUGUGUAGUAAAGAUGUGCGACACAGUCCGGGAAUGGGCCGACUUCUUGUUGUUAUUGUUGAAGGCAAAGAUCUAAAGGCAUCAGAUGAUUAUGGAAAGAGUGAUCCUUAUUGUGAAGUGAGUAUGGGAGCACAGGAACACAAGACCAAGGUGAUCAACAAUACACUAAGCCCCAAGUGGAAUGCAUCAAUGCAGUUUACUAUAAGAGAUAUUGACAUGGAUGCUUUGUGUAUUACAGUAUUUGACAGAGAUCUGUUUUCUCCUAAUGAUUUCCUUGGACGCACAGAAAUACGAGUGAAAGAUAUUUUAAAAGAGACAGCUGACCAGGGCAGAAGGCCUAUCUUAAAACAUUUAAUACUCCAUGAAGUGCAGACAGGAGAAGUUGUUGUUAAAUUAGAUCUGCAUCUUUUUGACCAAUGAUGAAGAAGAUAAAGUUUAUGUGUCAACAUCGUGCUGACCAAUGAUAUACAAGAUAGCAUGUUUAUGUCAUAGUCAGACUUGAUUGAAGUA